AUAAAGACUGAUUUUUGCAUUUUUCAAAAAAGAAAAUAAAAAUUAAAAAGGUCCUCUGAAUUUCCCUCCAUAGUUUUCCACUUUUCCCUCCCAAAAGUUUCUUGGGCUUGGGAACGCCACCAUCACUAUAUGUUUUUUUGGCCCGAUUCGGUGAAAAAAAUGAAAGAAGAGGAAAAAGAAAAGAAACGAUGGCUUCUGGUGCAUCCAGAACCCUGAUGGAUUUCUUCAAGCCAGCAGCAUCUGCCAAGCGCAUGAAACUCUCGUCCCCAUCAGCUGAUUCAGCUCCCUGUAAAUCGAUCAACACCCAUUGCCAGUCCGAGUCUCAGUCCCACAGCCGCCUCAGCUCCGAAGACGAUACCUCCCCAACCAAUGCCCAACAAAAAACCCGCAUGGAAUUGAACAGAUCGCUCGCCAAAUCCAAACUCAAUCUCAAAAUAUGCUCCCAAAACGUCUCCAGGGCCAAAGGUGAAGGAGAGCAUGUGAAGUUGUCGGAGCUGUUGGUGGAGGAGACAUGGUUGGGAGCGCUUCCGGGAGAGCUUCAGAAGCCCUAUGCUCUGAACCUCUGCAAGUUUCUCCAAACCGAGACGUGCUCUGGCACUGCCGUGCCCAUAUACCCGCCUCCCCACUUGAUCUUCAAUGCUCUCAACUCUACCCCUUUCGACGCUGUCAAGGCUGUUAUUCUUGGACAGGACCCUUAUCAUGGACCUGGCCAAGCUAUGGGCCUUUCCUUCUCUGUCCCUGAGGGAGUGAAGCUCCCUUCUAGUCUGCUUAAUAUUUUUAAGGAACUGCACGAAGAUCUUGGCUGUUCAGUCCCGUCUCAUGGGAAUCUACAGAAGUGGGCUGUACAGGGUGUUCUUUUGCUCAAUGCUGUUCUCACUGUUAGGAAUCACCAGGCUAACUCUCAUGCAAAGAAAGGAUGGGAGCAAUUUACUGAUGCUGUCAUUAACACAAUUUCACAAAAGAAGAAAGGAGUCAUUUUUCUCCUAUGGGGGAACUCUGCUCAAGAAAAGAAAAAGUUGAUUGAUGAGAGUAAGCAUCACAUUCUCAAAGCAGCACAUCCUUCUGGUUUGUCUGCACACAGAGGUUUUUUUGGCUGCAGGCAUUUUUCUCGCACAAAUCAGCUUCUGGAGGAAAUGGGUAUUGCCCCCAUAGAUUGGCAACUUUGACUUAGAUGAACAGCUUCUAUCCUAACUUCAUUUUUGUGUGUUUUCCUAAAAUCUCUUUUGAGAUUUACUAGUAAGGCAAGUUCUGGAUCUUCUUUCAUGUGUAAAUCCAUUUCCCUACUAAAGAUUCUUUCAACUGCA